AUGUCGUUGCCACGAACAAUGACCCUGGGGCCAGAGCUGCAAAGCUCCAAGGAGCCUGGUGAGCCACAAAGCCCAACUCAGGGCACUCGGUGGUCUGGCAGUGUGGAAGAGCCCAACACUCACCAGGAGGAUACUACGAUGCCUGGUGAGAGCAACCUGAACCCGUCUUUCUUCCGGACCAGCUUGCAAGCCUCAAUCCGUGCCUCCAAGGGGGCAACAAACCUGCUCAGGCGAAGCUCCCACUCACUGUUUCGGUCCUUGCGACGCACCAAGGAUGCAGGCCUCACUGAUGGCCACCCCCAAGUCACUCCUAUGCCAGAGGAGCCCUCCAGGGUCACAGAUGGUGUCAGCCGAGAGGCAUCUACUGGGGAGGAUCUGGAACCCCAAGCAGAAGGCAAAUCCGUGGCGGACCUCAUCACUGAGCGGCAACUGCUGGAGGCCUUCGAACGGCUGCGGCGCCUGGAGACCAAGCUGGUGGAGGAGAAAGCCUCACGCACCUUUGAGCAGGACCCCACCGCCUAUGCACGGCGCGCUAUGGACCUGUGCCUGCACUACGACGGACUGGCGGCUGAGAUAAGCGCUAUUGUGCGCGAGACGCUGGGGUCGGAUAGCAUGGAUUCAGCCACUCUCGCAGAACUGGCCCACGUGGUGCGCGCGGAAGAGGAGGCCCACCCGGCUCUGCCAGACGACGGUGACUUUCUGACGACGCCCCGCCACUGGCGUCAGCACUGGGAGGACGCGGUGCGGCGGAGCGCGCAGGAGCGCGUGCAGAAGGCAGGCGCAGGGGUGACAUCCCGGGCUGCGGAGGGCGCGUCGGACUUAGCCCAGCUUCUGGCUGAGCUUAAGGGCGUGCUUCGUCACGACCUGAACAAGGUGCGAUUAGAGGUGCAGCCCGCUUAUGACACUGACUUUCCAGUGUGGGAGAUCUACCUGAGUGCCUUCCACAGCGCAGUGGCCCAGCGCCUACAGGAGCUUGCCCGCGACGCCCGUGGCUGUGAGCAGCUCUACGUGCUGCUGUACUGGGCUGCCAACGUGUAUGGCAGUCCUGACCUCCUUGGUGCCCCAAAUCAGGCCCUGCACACCGAACCGCUACCCCCACUCCUUGAGCCUGCCCUGUGGGCACAACUGGAGAGUGACUACAUUAGCUUCCUAGAGACCAAGAUCACAAGCUGCUUCGACAGUAUCUUAGAGCUGGAGCAGAAUCACUGGCUGGACGCUGAGGACCCAGAAGUGCUGCAGGGCCUCUACCGGGCAUCGGUGUCCAUCGAUGUGCACAUGCUGGUUGCUCAGCACGUGAAGGCAGCAGGCGCCAUCUCUGCGGAGCUGGAGGCCACUACCCUGCAGAUCUGCGCGCGGGCUCUCAGCCUCUUUGUGCCCAGGUUUGAAAAGGCUUUUCUGGAGUCCGAGGCGGUAAACGAGUGCUACCUGGGCGCCUACAUUAACACCUGCGUGGAACUGAGGACCAGUCUUCUGGCUAGGUUCCCAGGAACCAUAAAAGAACUGGAGAAGCCCCUGGCGGCUGCCACCAGGAGCUUCCAGAAGCACUUGCUCCAGAUUCUACAGCAUGCCAUGCAGCCACUAUUUAAGGUUCUAUACACCAAGAGCUGGUUGACACAGGACACACUGCAGCCCGUCAUGGAUAAGGUGGUGGACUUUGCACAUCAUCUUAAGCAUGUGACCUUACCCCUUUCUCAGGAGACUCUGCAUGAGGUGCACCGUGUGGUGGUCCGGGAGUACCUGGGGCAGGUGCUGAGGCCCCAUGAAAGGUUCCGGGGCCAGCAGCGUGUGAAUGCUGCCCAUAAGAUGAGCCAGGAUGCCCAGGCCAUUAGCAGCACCUUCCAGGGCUUGGGCUCUGAAGCCUCGUGGCUGGACCGAGCCAUCCCGUGCGUGGCGGAGAUCCUGGGUGAGACUUACAAAGACUACAUCCCGCGGCACCUGGAGACGCUCAUCCGGAGCUACCCGGACAUCAGGCGUGACCACAUACUGGCAAUCCUGGCGCUGCGCAGACUUGGCCGCCGUCGGAACCGGAGCCUCUUGCAACGUGCCCAGGACCUGAUGAAGGCAGUGGCCGGGGCUAAGCCCUCUCCAGAUCGGGUGCUCUUUGAGGAGAUAGCGGUGCCCACCUCUGUGAACCUGCUCAUCGCCUGCAUCUAGGGCUGGGUGGCAGGUGGGCGCGGUAGUGGGCAGAGAGCCUGUCAGCCUCCCCAGGACUGACCCCAGGUUAGGAGCUCAGUGAGUCACUCUGGCUCUACCCCCACCUCUGAAGCCGUGGAAUUUUUUUUCCUCAGCCAAGCUCCCCUGCCCAGCCAGAGGGAGCCAAGGGUGAAGGCAUUCCAGGCAUUUGUGGGGGAGUCUUAGGGGAAGGCAGAGGCUCCAUGCAGGACUUCCGCCAGGGAGGGCUUCCCUGUAUAACUGUUAAGCAUACCCCUAAGGUGGAGUAAAGAGCUGAGUAUUUAUUCUAAAAAUAAACGUCAAUUAAAAUAGU